GUUUCGGUGCAUUGAAUCAUCCAUCCCCGACCCCAAACUCAACCCUAGGAAGGAAGCGAAAAUGGCCGAUCACUCCGAUAGCUCCUCCUCUUCCAUGGUUCGUCUGAAUAUCGGAGGGAAGAAGUUUUGCACCACACUGGAUACCCUCACGCAGCGAGAGCCUGACUCGAUGCUUGCUGCUAUGUUUAGUGGCCGUCACACUAUCUGCCAGGAGUCAGAGAAGGGAUACAUAUUCGUUGACAGGGAUGGAAAGCAUUUUCGCCAUAUCCUAAAUUGGUUGAGGGAUGGUGAAAUUCCACCUUUGAAAGAUUCUGAAUAUGCUCAGCUUUUGCGAGAGGCGGAGUACUAUCAGCUUCUUGGACUAGUAGAUGGAGUUAAAACUGCUCUGAGCAAGAGGAAGGUGGAUGAGGAGUUGGGUACCGAAUUGACACGCAUUGAUAUUAUCAAAUGCAUACAAUCUGACAGAGUCAGAUUUCGGGGAAUUAAUCUUUCUGGUCUCGAUCUUUCGAAGUUGGACUUGUCAUUUGUGGACUUCAGCUAUGCAUGUCUGAAAACCGUAUUCUUCUCGCGUGCCAAUCUUCAGUGUGCAAAAUUCAGGGAUGUCGAUGCUGAAGCUUCCAUUUUUCACAAUGCCACAUUGCGCGAAUGUGAAUUCACUGGAGCAAACCUUCGUGGAGCUGUAUUAGCUGGUGCUAAUCUUCAAAGUGCAAAUUUACAAGAUGCCUGUCUAAUAGGCUGUAGCUUUUGUGGGGCGGAUCUUCGUUCAGCUCACCUACAGACGGCUGAUCUUACCAAUGCCAAUCUCGAAGGAGCUAAUCUUGAAGGCGCCAAUCUGAAGGGUGCAAAGUUAACCAAUGCAAAUCUGAAGGGUGCAAACCUUCAAAGAGCUUAUCUUCGACAUGUGAAUCUUCGUGAUACGCAUUUGGAGGGGGCGAAGCUUGAUGGUGCAAAUUUACUGGGUGCAAUCAGGUGACACCCCUCUCAUCCCAACUCAACCCCCCCUCCCCCCCUCCCCCGCAACCCAAAAACAACCCAAUUUUUUUUUGUAGAAAUAGUGCGAGUCUGACUGUAUUGACUGACUGUUGUAAGUUUUAUUUGGUUGGCUGAAGCUCAUUUUAAGGUUAAUAUCUGUAUUAGUAUUUUACCCAAAUUGUUUCAAACCAAGCAUGAAGCAACCAUGCUGGCCUUGCAAAAAUGUUUAGCUUCUGUUCUGAGAUGAACAAAGAUGUACCGAGACAAUAUCGACAUGCUCGAUAAUUUCCUGAUCGUAUAUUUGCCUGAAAUAUCCUGAUCCUAUAAUUCUAAAGGUGAGAAUUUGUGUUUAAUUUGUGGAUUACGCCUAA